CUCUCCUUCCUUUUAAACCUCUCUCUCUCUUCUUCACCUCUCUUCCAUCACCAAUCCCUCUUUCCAUCCAUUAACACCAAAUCAAACAUGAACAAGCAAGACUUCAUGAAGCUUCAGACUUGUGUCCUCAAAGUUAAUAUACAGUGCGCCUGUGAUGGCUGUAAGCAGAAAAUUAAGAAACUCUUGAAUAAAGUCGACGGGGUGUACAAAACAAGCAUAGACCUUGAGCAGGGAAAAGUGACAGUUACCGGAAAUGCAGAUCCCGCCGUGCUUGUAAAGAAACUUGUCAAGUCUGGGAAACAUGCCGAGCUAUGGGGACAGCAGAAAGGUGGUAUGAAUCUCUUCAAUAACCAGUUCAAGAACAUGGGUUUUGAUAACAAGACUCAGAAGGGCGGGGGUGGGGGGAAAGAUAAACAAAAGGAUGGGAAGGGUCAGCAACAAAUGCAAGCAACAAUGAGUAAAGGGUUUAAAGAUAUUAAGCUACCUAACAAGGACCAGAAGUCUGUCAAAUUUAGUUUGCCGGCAGGCGGUGGGGGUGGGUUUGACGAUGAGGAUGAUUUUGAUGAUGACAGUUUCGACGACGACGAUGACGAGUUUGACGAUGAGUUUGACGAUGAGUUUGAUGAUGAUAGCUUUGAUGGGUAUGAUAAAAAGCCUAAUAAAAUGAUGGCAGGUGGGCAUGGACCCCAUGGGCCAAUGGCGAUGAUGAAUGGCCAUGUGAAACAUGAUGGCAAUGGAAAGAAAGGACCAGGUACAGUGGUUGAAUUGCCUGUACAAUUCAAGGGCAAGGGAGGAAAUAAUGAUGCUAAAAAUGGCAAAGGAGGGAAAAAGGGUGGUGGUGGGGGCGGUGAAGGUGGUAAAAAGAGUAAAGAUGGCAGUGGUGGUGGGUUUGGUGGGUUUUUCGGAGGUAAGAUUGGUGGGGCACUUCUGGGUGGCGGUAAAAAGAAGAACAAUGGAGGAAGUCCUAAGGAGGGCAAGAAAGGUGGCGGUGGGGUCGGGGGCGGUGGGCAAAUGAAUGGUGGUGGUAAGAAAGGAGGAGGAAAGCAUCUUGAUGAAGGAAAAUUUAAUGGUAGCAAUAAGCAAAAUGAGUUCCUCGAGUUUAGCAAGCCUCAAAAUGGUGGUGGUAUGCGGAAUAUGAACCCUAAUGGCGGUGGCGGCGGUGGUGCUCGGAAUAUGAGUCAGAUGGGUGGUGGUGGUGGUGGUAGUGGUAGGAAUAUGAGCCAAAUGGGUGGUAAUCCAAUGAUGCCCCAAAUGGGAAACUACCCGAUGGGACAAAUGGGAAAUUACCCGAUGGGGCAGAUGGCAUCGGCACAAGGGUUACCAAUGGCGGCUCCAGGUUACCGUGGUCAAGGAAUGGAACAGAGCAACCCUUACCAGCAACAACAGUACCAACAACAACAAUACAUGGCGGCAAUGAUGAUGAAUCAACAACGGGCGAAUAUGUACCCGCAGAUGAUGUAUGGUCCACCACCGUCUUCCGCCUACGGGCCGCCACCAGUGAACGACAACAUCACUCACAUCUUCAGCGACGAGAACACUGAUAGUUGUAGUAUUAUGUAGAAUUAGAAUUUGGGAGUAUUUGUUUGGGUUUUAAUUAUUAAAUUUUGUUUGAAUUAGAUAAAUUAAAUUUGAUAGGAGGCAGAAAGUGAUGAUGGUAGAUUAGAGGAAGAAAGUAAGAGCUUGUAGCUUGUCCUUUGUUGAUAGUGUAUGUGUUUAUGUAUCAAAAAUCCAAAGUUUUGCCUCUAA